CGUUGGGCAGGAAAGACACAACAGACGCUGACUGGCUGCUGCAACAACCAGGAAGAAGAUGAGCGAGGUGGUGGCUGAGGUUGAGGGCCCCGGCUGGACUGAGGUGGUGAAGGUGCCGCGCGGCAGCGCGGAGACACUGUCCAGUGUGCUUGGCACUGCGAAAGAGCAAAUCAACGCAGCCAUCACCAAACACAUGGAAGGCGACACAACACAAGAAGAUGUAUCAAAGGACUACCUUGACGCAGACGACGACGACGACGACGACGAUGAGGCAGCGGAGGGCGCCCCGCACCAAGACAAGGCGGCGACGACACAAAGCAGCAAGAAGCCUAAGACGGAUGCGUAGCGCAUGCAGGCUCUCGACCGGCUUCUUGUAUGCUGGGCGACGCAGCUGCGGGGUCUUGCCUUGCUUGCCCACACGCUUGUUUCGCUUGCCAGCCAUGGUAUGUUAUGCUACACCACACAGCUGAAGACGUUUUCUUCAGUUCAUCAUGCUUUUGGACACACACAUCAACAUAGACAAGGCAGAACUACACUGGCAAUGAGCGUUCGUAUCCAUCGACACAAGGGAUGAACCAACACGUGAGGGAGACAAUACAUAGUGACGGCGACAA